AUGAGGGAGGAUCUUGAAGCCCUGAUAGCAGAAUUUCAGACUUUAGAUGCGAAAAAGACCCAAGUAAUCGAGUCAUCCUGCCCACCCCCCUCACCCAGGCUGAACGGCUCCCUCUCUGCUCACCCUGAGAGAGAUGAGUUGAUCCUUUUUGGAGGUGAAUAUUUCAAUGGCCAAAAAACGUACCUGUAUAACGACCUGUAUGUUUACAACAUCCGGAAGAACAGCUGGGCUAAAGUAGAGAUCCCGAACCCACCACCAAGGCGAUGUGCUCACCAGGCAGCAGUGGUGCCCACAGCUGGCGGGCAGCUGUGGAUAUUUGGCGGGGAGUUUGCAUCUCCCAACGGGGAGCAGUUCUAUCAUUACAAGGAUCUCUGGGUCCUGCAUUUGGCUACCAAGACCUGGGAGCAGAUCAAGUCAUCGGGAGGUCCCUCGGGACGAAGCGGGCAUCGAAUGAUUGCUUGCAAAAGGCAGCUGAUCGUCUUCGGAGGUUUCCAUGAGAGCGCAAGAGAUUACAUCUAUUACAACGAUGUGUAUGCUUUCAACCUGGACUCCUUCACCUGGAGCAAGCUGACUCCAUCAGGGAUCGGACCUGCUCCGAGAUCCGGGUGUCAAAUGGCUGCCACUCCUGAGGGCAGCGUAAUCAUCUAUGGAGGCUACUCCAAACAGAGAGUUAAGAAAGAUGUUGACAGAGGCACGCUGCAUACAGAUAUGUUCCUGCGGAGGGCUGAAGGUGCAGGGAAGGAGGAAGACAAGUGGGCGUGGAGUCGACUCAACCCAUCCGGAGUGAAACCCACCCCCAGGUCUGGCUUCUCCGUGGCAGUUGGUCCCAAUAACCGCUCCCUUCUGUUUGGAGGCGUGCAUGAUGAAGAAGAGGAAGAGAGCAUCGAAGGGGACUUCUUCAAUGAUAUUUAUUUCUACGACAUCGUGAAAAACCGCUGGUUUCCUGGACAGCUAAAGGGACCAAAAUCAGAGAAGAGGAAGCGAAGACGUGGCAGACAAGCUGAGACAGAGGGUGCUGGAGGCGAGGAGAUGGAGGAGCCACCUCUACAAGGCCCGGUGGAGAUAGUCAAAGAGGUGGUGGCAGAAGACGGGACCAUCAUGACAAUCAAGCAGGUGAUCUCUGGACCUGGAGAAGAGAAGUCUGAAUCCGAGGAGGAGGAGGAGGAGGAAGAUGGAGCCUUGAGCCAGCAAGUGGAGCCGUGCCCACGUUCGAAUGCCAUGCUGGCAGUGAAGCACGGGGUUCUCUACGUAUACGGGGGAAUGUUUGAGGUGGGCGAUCGCCAGUUCACCCUCAGUGACCUCUACAGCAUCGAGCUCCACAAGAUGGAAGAAUGGAAGGUGCUAGUGGAGAUGGAUCCAAAAGCGCAAGAAUGGCUGGAGGAGUCGGAGUCGGAUGAAGAGGAGGAUGAUGUAGAAGGUGCAGAGGGAGGGGAGGAGGAAGAGGAGAGCUCAGAAGAGGAGAGUGAAGAUGAGGGAGGAGAGGAGCAGCACCCGCCCGUGCAGCCCGCUGAGAAGCACGCGGACUACCUGGCCAGGACGGAGCAGUACUGGGUUAAACUAGCCCGCAGCAACAUGGGCCCAGAUGCCAAGGAGAAGAAGGUGGUCAAAGUGGCACACGCCAUGGUGAAGGCUUUCUACGAAGAUUCAGUCUAG